GGAAAAGUUAUCAGCCGACGCGUUCAAGAUGAGAUGGGAGAACUAUUUCGUCCCGUGCAGCUCGGUUAUGGUACUCGUGGAGGUGCAGAAGCGGCCGUACAUGCUGCUCAGAUGUGAUGUUGAAGAAAGUGGCGGAAGUUCUUCCUCAAUAUUAUGCGUUUAUCUCCGCGGCAUACAGCACUCCGUCGUCAUUGUUUUGUGGAGACCAAAUUAUUGCCUCUGCCCAUGGUAUCCAGCAAGGGGAUCCACUUGGCCCGUUACUGUUUUGUUUGAUCUCGGCUAAUUUGUCCAGAGAAUUACAGUCCGAAUUAAACAUCUGGUUUUUGGAUGACGGCACGUGCGGCGGGGAUCCGGAUACCGUUUUGGGAGAUUUCAUGACAAUAUUGGGAAAAGCACGCACACUCGGCUUGCAGUUGAAUUUGUCGAAAUGCGAGCUGCACGUUUUUGGUGGCACUGAAUCCGAGCGGAAAGAAGUCAUUGAAAGUUUUCACUCUAUUUCACCUGAGAUUCUGCUGGUUUCGUCGGAGCAGCUGGACCUCCUUGGUGCACCACUUACUGAUUUGGCGAUUGGGCGAGUGUUAGAUGGAAAGAUCGGUCAGAUACGACGUCUGACUGAUCUGCUCGGUGUGUUGCCAGCGCAUCAGUCAUUGUUCCUUUUGAAGAACAGCCUUUCGCUGCCGAGAUUGUUGUUUACUCUUAGGUGCGCCCCGUGUUGGAAGUGUCCAGAUAAACUGCGCCUGUUUGACGAUACCGUGAGGAGAAAAGCGGAAGAAAUUACGAAUGUAGAAAUGUCCGACACCGUGUGGCGACAAGCGAUUUUACCUGAUCGCCUUGGAGGAAUCGGCCUUUGUAGGGCGGAGGAUGUAGCGUUGCCUGCAUAUCUAUCUUCGUGUUAUGCUACGGAUCCUCUGGUCUGUGAGAUUGUCCCGGAUACUGGUCAAAGCCCUAGAGAAAAUGUGGUUAAGGUUUAUCAGGAGAAACUUGGAGAAGACCCACCGCCUAUGCCGAGCCGUCGUUUCCAGUCAGCGUGGACCGGUGUGAUGUACGACAAAAUGCGCCGUCUCUUAGUGGACAAUGCCGACGUUAUCGCUAAAGCUCGCUUGUUGGCCCUGUCUACAAAAGAGUCUUCUGCAUGGUUGUCGGCGCUGCCUGUGUCCAGUUUAGGAAACCUUCUUGAUGAUGUCAGUUUACGAGUGGCUGUGGCUUUACGCUUAGGUGCUUUUAUUUGUAAUGAGCACAUAUGCCGUUGUGGCGAAAUGGUUGACAGGUACGGUCAUCAUGGCCUUUGCUGUAAGAAAAGUGCAGGACGAAUCCGGCGCCACAGCGCGCUCAACAACAUAGUUCAGCGGGCGUGUGGAUCUGCGAAAAUAUCCGCCAUUUUGGAACCUCCCGGACUUGAUAAGGAAACUGGAAAACGACCAGAUGGCAUGACCCUGUAUCCUUGGAAAUAUGGAAAACCAUUAGUAUGGGAUGUCACUGUAGCUGACACGCUAGCGGCAACAUAUAUUGGCCAAACUUCUGACCGCCCUGGCGCUGCCGCGGAAGCCGCUGAGAUUCGAAAACUGGGAAAAUAUGAGAAGUUGAGGGAUCGAUACAUUGUACAGCCUUUUGCUUUCGAAACUAUGGGAUCCUGUGGACCAAGCACUAGUGGUUUUAUCUCGGAUCUGGCCAAACGUAUUCGGGAGCAGACUGGAGAAAGCCGUGCGAAGCAGUUUUUGUUGCAGCGUUGCAGUUUAGAAAUACAACGGGGCAACGCUGCCUGUGUUCUUGGUACAGUCGAGUGCAGUCGCAAUCUCGAUGAACUGUUUUUGCUUUUCUAGAGGUUUACAAUGACUUGUAUAGGUCCAAGCAUUAGCCAGCCUGGAUGACAUAGAAUUUAAGCACAAUGUUUAUACUUUCCUCACGAGCCACAGCCACAGACGGUUAUUGUUUAUCGGCUUUUAUCAGUUGAUGGAACUUAUUGUCAGCUUUUAUUCCGGCAGGUUUCUUAACGCUUACUGUUACUUUACAUUGUGCGAUGCUUCAAAGCAGCUUAGCAUAAUGUCAAAAUCUGUAAUCUACUGAUGGUUUUUGUGGUUACUGGUGAAUGACCUUUACUGGGAACUAAGCUCCGGUACGACGCUAUCCAGUCGCAUGGCCCAUGUUGACUGUUCUAGGGCAAUAAAAUCACUCAACCAGGCCAACACUAUAAUAACAUCAUCGGGCAGGAGACACUCCAGAUAGUACAAAAUAUUAUCCAAGUUCAGAUACAGUAAUUUUCUUUUCCCUCAAGCACUAUGCAGUCAAGUUUUGAUACACAAUAAUUAUGAAAUAUGACAGAAAACACGCCUUAAACGUAUAAUCAUUUCUGUAUCAGUCUUUAAAUUCGCCGACAACGGUCCAUAAGGCCAUCUACGGAACAUGGGGGACGUUCUUAAGUAGCAACUUCGAAGUCUCGUGUUUAUUUGACAUGGACUAGGCGAAGAUGUUAUUGUUUGAGUGACCUGAGAAAUCGGUAUCUGG